AGUCGUCCUAUAAUUAUCUAACCAAUUGCACACCUAACGCCGCAUGGUCCUCAUCACAUCUAUCUAGCACAACGCACGACCCAGGGCAAAAUCUUUCCCAAUUUUCAUCAAUGGCGGAGAAGAGCUUCAAGUACGUGAUCCUCGGUGGCGGAGUCGCAGCCGGAUAUGCAGCUAGGGAGUUUGCCAAACAGGGGGUUAAGCCAGGCGAGCUGGCGAUCAUUUCCAAAGAGGCGGUGGCUCCUUAUGAGCGUCCAGCACUUAGCAAGGCUUAUCUCUUCCCCGAGUCUCCUGCUAGACUCCCCGGGUUCCAUGUCUGUGUUGGAAGUGGAGGCGAGAGAUUACUUCCUGAGUGGUACAAGGAGAAAGGAAUUGAAUUGAUCCUAAGCACAGAAAUAGUUAAAGCCGAUCUUGCUGCCAAAACCCUGUCAACCACUUCUGGAGAAACUUUCAAGUUUCACAUUCUGAUUAUUGCAACUGGCUCAACUGUUAUCAGGUUGACUGAUUUUGGUGUGCAAGGAGCUGAUGCCAAAAACAUCUUCUACUUGAGAGAAGUUGAUGAUGCUGAUACACUUGUAGAAGCUAUCAAAGCAAAAAAGAAUGGGAAGGUUGUGAUUGUUGGAGGAGGAUACAUCGGUAUUGAGAUUGGUGCAGUCAUGAAAAUGAACAAUUGUGAUGUCAGCAUGCUUUGCCCUGAAGAUUGGCUCAUGUUUCGGCUUUUCACUCGUGAUAUCGCUGCUUUCUAUGAGAGUUAUUAUGAGCAUAAAGGAGUCAAAAUUAUUAAGGGAACAGUUGCUGUUGGGUUUACUGCUGAUUCAAAUGGAGAGGUAAAAGAAGUGAGACUUAAGGAUGGCAGGGUGCUAGAAGCUGAUAUUGUUGUUGUUGGCGUUGGGGCAAAGCCCCUUACAGCAUUGUUCAAAGGUCAGGUUGCAGAGGAGAAAGGUGGGAUCAAGACCGAUGGGUUCUUUAAAACAAGCGUACCUGAUGUAUAUGCUGUUGGGGAUCUGUCUACUUUCCCUUUGAAAAUGUACAAUGAGCUGAGAAGAGUUGAACACGUUGACCAUGCACGCAAAUCUGCGGAGCAGGCUGUGAAGGCAAUCAAGGCAAGUGAGGAGGGGAAGACAAUUGAGGAGUAUGACUACCUCCCAUUCUUCUAUUCUCGCGAGUUUGAUCUGUCCUGGCAAUUCUAUGGCGACAACGUUGGUGACACGGUGCUAUUUGGAGACAACAAUCCAGCAUCACCAAAGCCCAAGUUUGGAACAUACUGGAUAAAAAAUGGGAAGAUUUUUGGAGCUUUCCUGGAGGGUGGGAGUCCUGAAGAAAACAAGGCUCUUGCUAAAGUUGCAAGGGUCCAACCUACUGUUGAGAGUCUAGAUCUGCUCGCAAAAGAGGGUCUCUCCUUCGCCACCAAGAUUUAAUUACUUAUGGUCUCAUAAGCUGGCUUUGGUUUUCAUUGAUUUAUGUUAAUUACUUUUGGUUUACUUCGUGAGUUAUGGAAAGAUACAUGGUUUGCAUCGAACAUAGUACGGAGAACUGAUAUAAACAAAUAAAUUUUUUUUUUAUGUUCA